AUGUCCUUCACGCCAGACUCGGAGCUCAAGCUCGCCUUUGACGCAGCCCUCAUCCCGCAGCACUUCAAAGACGAGCUGCCCGACAACCUCCAUGUCCGACCGAUCUCGUCCACCGACUACUCGCGCGGCCACCUCACCGUCCUGGCCGACCUGACAAAGGCGCCAGACACGGGCCUCGCCGCAUGGCAGUCGCGCUUCGACGCCAUCCUCUCGACCCCAAACACCUACUACCCCAUCGCCUUUAUCGACAAGGCGACCGACCGCAUCGUCGCACUCGGCACCGUCUUCGUCGAGCUCAAGUUCCUCCGCGACAACGGCAGGGUCGGCCACAUCGAGGACAUUGUCGUACACAAGGACGGCCAGGGAAAGGGCCUCGGAAAGAGAAUCAUCCAUGUCCUCACCGCCAUCGCAGAACAGGCCGGCUGCUACAAGGUCAUCCUCGACUGCAGCCCCGACAAUGAAGCCUUCUACGAAAAGUGCGGAUACAAGAACGUCGGAGUCGAGAUGGCCAAGUAUAAGGCUUGA